UUCAGGCAGAGAGAGCUUGGAGAAGACACACAGCCAGUGUGUGGUGGUGAACCCCGAUCACGGCAAUCCACAGCCCAGCCUUGCUUUUCCAGCCUGCUGUCUUGCCUCGACCCUCAGCUCUUUCCAAAACAUACCAAGACUGGAGUGGAGAAAGGCCGAGCUGCCCCGGCUGUGUCUCUCGUGUCCCAUUGUGAAACUCUGCAGCCCGGUGGAGAUCAGCGUUCCUAAUCUUCUGCCUCUAGACACGGGCUAAGAGCUGCUGGGAGGUCACGGAGCAGGACGAGUUGAGCAUCAUGGACUCGGUUUGGUGCCUAGUGCUGCUCCUAGCCUUUAGCGUGGCGACAAACGCAAGCCCAGUGACUGUUCAAGAGUGCCCCCUUCAGCCACUCGGGCAGGGACAGGGAGUCAAAGUGCUGUACUCAACCAGCAGGGUCCCAAGUGGUUGCGUGAGCCAGGGUGCUCCAGAAGCUGACCAGGAAGUCCACAUCCUCUAUCUACAAUACGGAUUCGGGAGCGGGGUGUCCCAGCUCCACCUGAACAUAUCAGCAGCAGAAGGAAACAACACCCAGCCGCGGAAAGUGGUAUUUGUGGUGGGCGCCAAUUCCUUCUCCUUUUUGACUGUCCAUGCGGAGGAUCUGCCCCUCACCUUCAUCUACAACUCUGAAAACAUCUUUCUCAAUGUGGACGACAAAGAAACCAACAGAACCAAACUGCCUUCCUUUGCCAGUGGUGAGGAACUCUUGAUGUGGGCCAAAUUAAAUUAUGGGGGUGUCUCUUCCUUCACCAGUGUAGAAAGCCCCCAGCGGAUCCACUUUCAAGUGGGCAAAGAGAUCGGCACUUCUGUGGACUGCGUCCCAGAGACAGAUUUUGAUGCUGGGCAGUACUUUGAGAUGGAAGUCAUCUCCUCUGAAAUCAAAAGCUGUCCACACCCCAGCAAGCAUCCUGGGAAAGAAGCACAUAUCUUGUGGCUCCACCAGGGCAAUCAGGACUCUGGCACGCAGGCUGUGGAGCUGAACAUGAAUGUGACUUGUGACAAAGGAGACCCUUUUAAGGAGCUGAACGUGGCCCUGGUGCUUAAAAGCCGGCAGAGUCUGCUGUGGAACAUUGGCUCUGUGCCUCAUUCUGUGCAGUUCUUGGCAUCUGGCAAAUACAGCUUAAAGCAAAUGAAAACGGGGGAGAUUAAUGGCAUAACCCUCCCUGAUAGCAAAGAAGACCUGAUCAGAGAGGUCCAUAACAGAGGCUUUGACUUCAUUGCUUCCUAUACAGAGAUACCAUCUGCCAACCGCAUCACCAUAGAAGUAGUCAGAUGUGCAGAACAGCCAGCGGUGACCAUAUCACUGCCGCCCAGCAGUCCUGCACACGACACAACUGAAGAGACUGUAGGACUGCUAAACAUUGUGAAGCCAUGGAAGUGCCUGGAGAACACUGUGGAAGUCGCCUUGGCCAAGCAAUACUUGCGGCCUUUAAACGACCCCAUCACGGCUGUCACACUUCGAGACCCUCUCUGCAUGGCGCAAGAUAACACAACACAUUUUGUUCUGAGAAGCUUCUUGGGAGAUUGUUCCACUGUGGUGGAGAAGGGGAUUCAUGUCCAGAAUGAGUUGAUCCUGACGUUGGCUUCUCAGCAGCAAGUCACGGUGCCAUUUCAGUGUGAUCUUCCAGAGAAGCUUUCUGUCCAGCUGUAUCCAACAUCAGAAUUUGAUUUGCCAUCCACAACUGUAGAAGUCAACAAAGUGGCCUAUGUGCAGGUGUCAUUCAGAACCGCUGAUGAGAAGUCAUCUCUGCAGCUCCAAGAAUGUUCCUUAAAAACCACUGGCAAAAUGUCUCUGCCAUUGAUCCACAAUGGAGUCUCAGCCGGUUCCUCUGUAGAGGUCUUGAACUCUCCCUACAACCCUACUGGCACAAAGAUUCAUCGCUUCCGGUUCAUGUAUGAGGCUGAAGAUGGAGGAUGGUCAAGUUUGUCUGCCACCCUUGUCUGCCGGGUGUUUUUGAACCACCAUGAUCCCAGCUCCUUUGAAAGUUCUUUGGAGGUGAAGCUGAAGAACCCCAACUUUCCACUGCACAAUCAAGGCCUGGGGCUCGGCACCGUGGGUGGAAUAACUUUUGGGGCCUUUUUAAUCGGAGUCCUGCUGACGGCAGCGUUGUGGUACAUCUACUCCCACACACGUCCGCUGGCCAAAAUGCAGCCCGUCUCGGCGAAUCCACCCGCCUCCGAGAGCAGCAGCACCAACCACAGCAUCGGCAGCACACAAAGCACGCCUUGCUCGACCAGCAGCGUGGCGUAGCAGCUCCAGGCCAGGGAACGGACAGGCCUUUCUACCCCUCCUUAGGGGAGGGUGCUAGGGUUGAGGACACUUGAACUUCUCCAAGCCAGGAGCAGGAAAGCCUCAUAUCGGAGAGGGCAAAAAAGAGGCUGUGUGAGGUUUUCCUUCAAUCUCCUAAUACUCAGGGGAGUGACCAUUUUCAGCCAGCACUUUAAGGCAGCUCCCUGGACAGCCGUCAAGCUCCCCAGCCAAGCAGGAUCAUUCUGCCGUCUAGUGUCAGCACCGUUCGCCACGCUUGGAUCCCCAACCAGUUGCCUUCCGCAGGGGAAGCACGGCCAGCCUUUGGAGGUGCAAUCCUGGAGAGCAAGCGUCUAGCCCUGGACUGGGUUCAAGCGGAUUGAUAACGGAACACAACAUACCUUUUCAUCUAGUCAGUUAUUUGCUCACCCCUGUCUCGGGAACUGAAAUUUGGGUAUACCUCUCUUGUAGCCACCGGAGAAGCUGCUGGUACCAUCAGCCUGUGUUCUGACCGGUGUUCGUGGCAAAAAAGGCCCACGUGGUUAGAGGGUUGCACUAGGGCAUAGGAGAACCCGAGUUCUAUUCCCCAUGUUGCCGUGAAGCUCUCUGGCUGGUCUUGCGCCACUCCCUCGCUCACCCAGGGUUUGGGGAGGUUUAAAAUAAGGAAGGGAGAACUACAUCUCUUUGUAGUUCUCAUAUGCAUCUCUUUGCUGCUUGGAGGAAGGGUCCAGAAAAUAUAGUAGACAGACAGAAUUGUGACUAAAGAGAAACUAUCUCUCAUAGGAAAAAAGAACAAAAAGUUUUCAGUGGGCAUUAGGGAAAGGACUAACGUCUCAGUUACGGCCCUCAAAUUACAUGCCGCAGAUGUGAGAACCACAUGUUAAUCUGUGGCAUCACUUACCAGAGUCCAUCCCCAUUUCCUGUCCCUGCUAAAUCUCUGACCCUUUUUGUGUGUGGGGGGGGGGAGGUUUGUGUGUGUGUGUGUGUGUGUGUGUGUGUGUUACUAACCUGAGUUUUCCUCUUUAAAGGUUCAGCUCCCUUUCCCAGGAUUUCUGGUCUUCCAGGUGGAGGUCUCCAAUACACAUGGAUAAAGAUAAAGGCACCCAGGAGUGCACGGCUUUGAAGCCCAAUCCCUUCCUAGGCAGUGAUUCUGCUCCAAAGAAACUGAGCUGAAUUUCAAUAUUUUGUAUGCUGGCAAGGCUGUUUUCAAACUCUUCCUAAUGGCGCCUGUGUCCUUUGCAAGCAUAUUGUUUGGCUAAGGGCCAAGACAGAAGUGGCGAGUUACACUUGAAUGGCAAGUGAACAGACUGACAUGUAUUCCUACCUGUUCACUUGCACUCCACUUGCACUCCACUCGAUCACGAAUGGCAAGUGAACAGACUCCCGUGUAUUCCUCCCUGUUCACUUGCGCUCCACUUGCCCUACACUCGAUCACUACGUGAUCAAGUGGGGCCCAAGUGAACAGGGAGGAAUGCACGGGAGUCUGUUCACUUGCCAUUCAAGUGUAACUCGUCACUUCUAGCUUGGCCCUAAGGAACACAAACAUGCACUUCUUUGGCUGUUCAAACGAGGGAAGAUGGGCUUAGGGCAGAGAAAAGGAAAGCAUCACCUAGCAGAGGGGGGCAACCCUUCAGGCAAUGUGUGCACCACUGGCGUUAGAAAUGGGGGGGGGGGGAGAUUAAGGAUUAGUUGGUUCUCCUGCCCUUCAUGAAAACAGGCCUUUGGGUCUUAUUCUAGCCCAUCACAGUAGGAAACCACCACCCUUUACUUUUCCUUGCACGAGGCAGAGGAAGUUCACAGGAGGUAGCUGGCAGUAGAAAAUCUGUUUGAGAACUUCUGCCUUGGGGUCGGAGACUUUCACUACUCUCCUUUCAAAGCAAAAUCUCAUAUGGCCAUCAGUGUCCCCCCCUCCCCCGCAGUCAGAGAGACGAAAGCCUCCCCCCCCCACACACACUUUCAUCAUGAAGGGGGUAUGGGCAGAUCUCCAAGCCCCUUUCUGUCACUUUCGGGCAUGUUUUAAACCUUAAUUAUUUUUUUCAAAAAAAUUCUGCCAGGGCCUCCAGGUGGUGGCUGGAGAUCUCUCGGAAUUACCACUGAUCUCCAUGCCACAGAGAUCAGUUCCUCGGGAGGAAACGGCUGCUUUGGAGGGCGGGUUCUAUGGCAUUAUGCCAUGCUGAGGUCCUUCCCUCCCCAAACCCCGCCUUCUCCAGGCUUCACCCCCCAAAUCUCCAGCAUUUUCCACCUUGGAGCUGGCAACCUAUCCGUAAGCUGAAAUAUUGAAAUCCGGCUCAGUUUCCUUGGAGCAGAAGGGGUUGUGCUUCAAAUGAGAGGAUGCUGCAUAAGCCUGUAAACUGACUCCUGGGCAGGUGUGUAUGUGUGCGUGCGUGUGUGUAGGUGUGCUUUGGAACUUGUAAUUCUUGUGCAGCUCUUCGAUGACGUCAACCCAGCUGCCACUCCGCCCCCACCCCAGAAAGCAGAAAAAAGUCUGUCCUAGAAAGACUCUAGACAGUAAGCCAGGGCCAUUUUCCCUCUCCUUGGAGAGGACGUGCCAACCCUUCAGGCGGGGCCAGCGAGAGCUUUCUGGGUAACGUCGUGUUCUUCUAAUUGCAAAGAGCAGGGAGUUUGGGCCUGUUUCUGUUUCAAAUAUUUCUUAUUACUGUACGUAUAUAAAUAGUUAUACAUAGUUAUAUAUUUUAUCACAGUGUAUUUACAGGGAAGUAAUGUGACUUUCUGUCAGCCUAUGUUUUCUCCUGUCAGGAGUGGAACAAAAUGGCCACCUUGGGAGGGAAGGGAAAACUGCCGCUGUAACACGUGCUUGUAUGGACUUGUAAGACAGGAAAUGCUGCGUUCUGACUAACCUGUACCAAAUAGCAGAGGGGUUUUUUUUUUGUAAAGGCGGAGCCUGGGAAAGCAUAGCAGCAGAGGCCUGCUGGGUCAGAGCAAGGGUCCCAUCCAGUCCCCCAUCAGCUAACCAGGUGCCCUGGGAGGCCACUCCUUCCUCAUUGUUUUCCCUUGGCAACAGGCAUUCAGAGGCGAACUGUCCCUGAACUUUUGGAAACUCCACUUAGCCCUAAUGGCUACCAGCCCCCUUCCCGUACCAAUGAACACGCCUGCCACAACACAGCCAACAAGCCCAAUUCCUUCACUGUUGAGGGCCACAUAAUGCUGAUAGCUGGGUAUGUUAAUCCACGUAGUUGGGAAAGAGCCAGACCCCUUAGCCUGAGAAAGGGUGCAGGUCUUGAGAUUUCUAAAAGCAUCUGUCCAAAGUAUGUUCGGAAAACGCCCAACAUCCAGUAAGAGAAAUUGGAAACGUUUAUUCGAUAUCGCUAUUGUACGCAAUAUGAUUUCAUCCAGUUAUUGCUUUAAGUAGUUCCAGGUGAUGCAGAUUCUGUUAUUUAUUGCAAAUAAAAUAUCCUGCAUUUUGGAGUGAGCAGAAGAUGUUUAAAGGACUAACGGCACUUCUGCCGUGGAUCAAAGACGUAUCAUAACAGUGCAAGCGUGCCAAAGGGUUUCCCCCAGCCUCUCAUGCUUGUUAAUGGCCUUGGCUACAGAAUCAACUGCUUAGAUGACGUCAGCCACAAUGAUUUUUUUUAAAGGACAACGAUGAUAGGGGAGCCACACUUCUAGUUUUAGACACAAGGGAGCCAGUUCCUAUAACCGUGGUGAAACGAGAGCCAAGGAGCUUGUGGAUCUGUGACGAGGGAGCCCGCCUUUCACCCGAGUAGCAGGACACCACACAGAUACAAAGGCAGACGGAAGGGCCCAGCUUAGCUCUUUCACAGUGACGAAAUCAGAUGUUGAAUAGAAUCCAGAACGUGGUGGUGUGAAUUGGGUCUGAUCAAGAAAUUGGCAAACUCUCUGCAGCAAUAGGAAAGUCCUGCUGCUGGUGAGAGCGCAGAAUAAUUUAGCGUGGGGCCUUCUUUGGAAUGCACAGAGAAGCCCCCUUCCCCCACAGCACGGAAGGUGUCGAGAGAGAGCGAAGCCACCUCUCAUUUUUACUUGUAUUUGAUCUGUAAAUAUUAGUUUGCAGAACCAGUUUUAACCGUAAUAUUGUAUAACGUGUUGGAUUUAAUCUGUGGCCUGUGGAGAUUAAAAUUUGAACUCUUCCAA